AAGGAGUCCACCUAAUUUCCCCAAGGUCCAACGAACAGUACGUUUUUCGUGUCAAUUGCUCCGCUUUACAAAACCCUUCUCUAUUUACGGCGAUCCCCUUUUCAACAACAUUUCACCCUCCAUUGAAAGCAGCCGCCAUGACUACUCUCCGCAUUGUAGACAACGAGGAGCAAGACAACCGCUACGACCUCUUUGACGUUUACUUCCACAGCGACACAAUCAAAACAACAGUCACUUCCGAUCCGGACAUCGUCACUACGUGGAUCUCCGAAACCGAAUCCUCUAUCCACGACCGCCGCCAUCUCGUCGUUGGACUUGACGUCGAGUGGCGGCCCAGUUUCCACCGCAACCAGCAAUUCAAAGUCGCAACUCUCCAGCUCUGCGUCGAUCGCCGUUGCCUCAUAGUCCAACUCCUCUACUGCAGUUCAAUUCCAGAUUCCCUCGUUAGUUUUCUGUCCAACGGAGACUACACGUUUGUUGGGGUUGGAGUUGAGAACGAUGUGGAGAAGUUGGUGGAAGAUCACGAUCUAAGCGUGAGGAAUAUGGUGGAUCUGAGAGUUUUGGCAGCUGAUGCAUAUGAAAUGAGUAAUUUGAAAACUGCUGGGUUGAAGGAGCUGUGCAAUGUUGUUCUUGGAAGACAGAUUGAGAAGCCUAGAAGUAUUACUAUGGGUAGGUGGGACAGUGAGUGGUUGAGUUUGGAUCAAAUUCAGUAUGCUUGUGUUGAUGCUUUUGUUUCUUUUGAGAUUGCAAAGCAUUUGAAUGUUGGUACUAAACCUUGAUAUUUUGGGUGGUCUUAAGGAACGAAGAGAAAAAACAAACAACUUUACUGGGUGAAGAUUUGGUUUGAUAUAGUUAAUUGAGUGGUUAUAGCUUCUGGAUUCUUGGUUUUCAUAGUAUGUUAAUUGGGUGAAGAUUUAGAACUUUUUUUAUGUCAAGAGUUAAGUUAUAUGCACGAUGGUGUAAAAAAAUUAUAUAAGUAUGAGUUGUUAAUCUGGUAGAAAUGAUACUAAUUGAAAUAUUAUAACAUAUUAAAAUUCAA